CAAAUUACAACUAAUUCCCUGCAAGUUAGAAGAGGAGGUUGGAUAUAAAUAGAGAGGAGUUUCAGAGAAGACAGUAAUUGAAGAGAGCUAAGUAUUUGAGUUCCUUUAACCUUUUGCAGACCAGUAUGGCAUCAUUGAAGGCUGAGAAACCUCUUGGGCUGGCCAAGAAAGACCCUGCCAAAGCUAGCAGUUGUACUUCUUGUACACCCAAGGCACCUGCCCCGGCAACAGCACCAGCACCGGCAUCGGCCACAGCCCCGGCUCCCAAGACAACCGUUGCAAAGCCGGAGGCAAAGCCUCGCGAGCCGAAGAAGAGGGGUAUGGUUGGCAAAUCAGCAACAAAAUAAGUAGCUUGAGCGACGCUAUAAUUAUGAUAUGGAUGUAUUGAAUGUAGUAUACACAUAGACAUUCAUAACUCUAUGGCUGUCUUCAGUGUUAUCAGUGGAUACUUGUAUCCUUGCUUGUAUUCCACAACGAAAUAAAGGUGCAGUAUUAAACAUGGGUUCCAAUCUCUCUCCCUCUCCCUCUCUCUCUCUCUCUCAAAAUAAAUUUU